CUUGUGACAGACCCGAUAGCAGGAAAACGAUUUUUGAGUUUCAAAGGAGUUUACGUAAACAACUUUGAAGGUGAUGGUGGACGAGAGAUGAGUUGGUAAACGAAAUGACGUUAAUUUAAAUUGAACCCAGUCUUAACUAUACGUCGUCUUAAUUUGACCAAGUGGUAAUGGGUUUGGGAGGUAUUACCGACUUGGCGCAUGGCGAGUGGUGAAGUUUCUAGUUUCUUGGUCGCGUUGUCUUUGUUUUGUCACACGUUUUUACUCUUUCAGUCGCGCACAGGCACUUUUUAGAAUUGCAUGACGCUCAGGGGAAAUCAACAAAAAUCAAGACCUCAAGGUGAGAGUGCAGGCAGCUGAGAUUACAGUGAUACAGAAAAUCUGAAAGCGUUAACAGACCAUGUCGGAUAUGGAUAAUAAACCCCUUCUGCAAGACAAGCCCCCAGCUUAUAACACUGUUUCGGGGCCGUAUGAAUAUGGUCAACAGCAAAAUUAUGGCGCUAUCCCAGCGGCUGGCCCGCCACCUCCUGGAUUUCAGCAGCCACCACCACCGCCGCCCUAUAACUAUCCCGCUGGACAAGCUUAUCCUGCUGUGCCAGGCCAGGUGCCAGCUGUGGCUCAGCAGCCCACCUUCGGCGGCACUUACACCAUCAUCCAGCCCUCCGUGGUUGUGGUAGGGGGCUGCCCUGCCUGCAGGGUUGGGGUGCUGGAGGACGACUUCACCUGCUUGGGCAUCCUGUGUGCCAUCUUCUUCUUCCCCAUUGGCAUCCUCUUCUGCCUCGCCCUGCGCCAGCGGAGGUGCCCCAACUGUGGUGCCACGUUCGGCUAGAGCCACCGAGGACCAAAACAGAGCAGCGGCCAGAAUGAUGGCGGUGGCGGGGACCCAGGCCUGGCCUCUCUUGCCCAUGCUUUUAUCUUUAUUUUGUCAAUCAUAUUUGCACACCAGUAAUGCCAUGCAUAAAAAAACACAUCUAUUGAUAAUGAGAAUCUUAUUUUUUAAGAUGCAUGUGAUGAUAAAUGUAUUGUUCAUUUUUACAUGACGAGACAAUGUUAAUGAUCGACAACUCGGUGAUUAGCUGCCCCAGUUCUGACCUCUUUCAUCCAAUCAUUGGUGCCUUUACUAAGUCAGAGGGUGAUUGUGCGAAUGGAGUUUCAGAUCUUUGCUCUCAUCAGCAGGAUGUGGAAUAUAACCCCCCCACUGGACUAGCAGACAGGUGGAGGGGGAGUCUUGCUAACACACCUCAUUGGAGUGACUAGCAGGAGAAGUGGAGUUAGACGAAGACCAUCAUGUCACCCAUUUUUUUUUUCUUUUUCUUUUUUAAACAGAAAAUGUGCAGGUCACUCUGGUCUAUGCAGGUAUUUGAACUGUUGCCGCUGACCAGUGCAUUCUGGGAAAAGGGAACAAGAAGCUGUCCUAGUCAUGUGUCUCCCUUGGCGUGGGAGAUUUAUGGCCACAAUGGUGUUGUACAAUCAUGCAGUCCACCACGCAGAGGACUAAACCUGCUGUUCAUCUUUCUCCCUCUUUCUUUUCUCUCUCAUCCCGAGGCCUCUCUUCUUAAUCUUACUUUUUAUCUAGAAAUCUUCUUAAACUGAUUCAGUUACUUCUACAGAGUUGGUUCUCUCUAAUUUACUGUCCUUUUCUACAAGUCAGUUUGCUUGAUUAGAUGCUGUUUAUCUCGAAAAUUCACUGCAAGUUUAUACAAAUAUAGUUUUUUUUUUUUUUAGAGACAGCGCUCACCUGUUUCUUCUCUUUUGGGGGCCAUAAUAAUCCUUGCACUGCACUGAUAUUUGCAUUUAGCAUUUGUAUGAAAUGGAUGAUGCUUUCAGAUAAUGGAUUGUCUGUCUGUACAUGGUAUAUGCAGCCUUCAGGUACACUGCGCAGUGUAGCUGUGCUAAGGCUCUGCUGGCCUUCUUUUGGCAAAUGAAAACCUACAGUUGUUGCAAUAAAGUCGUUUCUAAGUCACGCCAUGUCCGCAUGCCAGAUGAGUUUCAAUGCACAUGAUUUUUUGUUGGCUUUUUGUUAGGUGAUGUAUACUGAAGCUUAUUUUUGGUAAUGACUGUAAAAAGUGUGGUUUUCAUCAUGUAUCAGUUGAAAAAAAAUGUCUUAUUUUUGUGUGUGUGUGUGUGUGUGUGUGUGUGUGUGGCUUGCUAAUUGUUUAAAGUUUAAUGAAAGGGUAUUUUAAUUUUCUGCUCAGUCUCCUUCAGAACACAGUGCAUGCAGUCAUGAUCAGUCUGCACUUUUUAUAUGAGAGAAAUACUGUAAAUUAAAGUAUAUGAGUGCAACCUGAA